GUUGUAUCAGCAGAAGAAAAGAUGCUAAUUUACUUUCAUUCCCUGUCAAUACCUGAAAGUGGCAUAAAAUGGGGGUGGACAUUCAAGGCAAACUCCGGCUAGCUCUUGGCUCAGUUAAAGAUCAUGCCACUAUCGGCAAAGCUAUAAUCCUCCACAACUACGAUGGCAAAGGCUUUUCCGAUAUUGAAAUCGCUGUGGUGCGUGCCACUGGCCAUGAUUAUGGCCCAAUAGAUGACAAAUACAUGCACGAGAUCCUCUUCCUGGUCACAAAUUCUCCAGGAUCCAUUUCUUUUCUUGCUGAAAGGAUCUCUCGUCGCCUUGUCAAGACUAGAGACCGCCUUGUCGCCCUCAAGACUCUUCUGCUAAUUCAUCGUCUUCUUCGUGGAGGCAAUCGCUACUUUGAACAACAGCUACGUAAUGCACAUGUUUCCGGCCAUCUUCAGCUGAGUACUCGCUGGUUCAUAACGAAUUCGGAUCCUUCGGUUUGUUUUCUCCACAAGUAUGCAGCCUAUCUUGAAGAAAGAAUGGGAUGGGUCAUCAACCAAGCUGGGAAACUUGAACCUGUUAUGUCAACCUUUGAAGAGAAAUCCAUGGAUAUGGUGUUCCGUAAACUUCCAAGGUGUCAGGGUUUCAUAGACAAGGUGUUGAAAAGUUCAACAUUUGAUUUUUUGCCUAGUGAUAAUUUAAUUCAGGCGGCUAUGAUCAACACCUUGAAAGAAAGCUUCCAGGUUUAUAUGGCGUUCAGUGAAGGCGUUGCAGCUCUUGUUAAUAUGUUCUUUGAUUUAGCAAGACCGGCAAGAAGUUUAGCCUGUGAAAUACUCAAGAGGGCUUCGACGCAGAGCCAAGAACUUCAUCAUUUGUAUGAGAAAUGCAAGAGAUUUAUUGAGAAUAAGAAUUUAGAAUACCCAUCAGUCCAAAUCAUCACUGUGGAGCAUGUUCUUGCCUUGGAACAAUGUUUAGGGUGUACAUCAACGAGCUCUUAUUGGCGCCCCAUGUCUAGCAAGAUUGGCCCAACGCCUUCAAUUUUGAAUUGUUUAACAAGAUUGACAGACAAAGGAGGAGAAAAGGAUAAACAAAAAGGUGAUGAUAGUAUGCCAUCAACUCUUUUCUCAUGCACAUUAGAGACCAAAAUAAGCAAAGUAUGGGUGGUGUUUGAAGAUGAAGAGUUCAACAAACCAGGACUUUUCAGUGGCACAGUCAGUGACCUUCCUGUUCAUCAUCAAUCAACUUCGGGAAUAGUUGUCAAUGGUGGAGAGAUCACUACAACUUGUAAUUUAAACCCCUUUGCAACUUGAGAAUUAAUUUUAAU